AUGGACGCAUCGCAGGCAAAGGCAGCCGAGGCUCAGCCCGGUGCCCAGAUGGACGUUGUUGAAGAUGUAGAGUAUGGAGGCAAAGAGGCCUACGCAAUAGACGACACGCCCAUCUCGCCCGAGGCGGAGAAGGCUCUGCUGUGGAAGCAGGACAAGCGCAUUGUGCCCCUCUCCGCCGCCAUAUACUUCCUGUGCUACCUGGACAGGUCCAACAUCGGAAACGCCAAAAUUCUGAACGCAUCGACACACCACGACCUCAUGUCAGAGACUGGCAUGACGAACUACCAGUGUCAGUAUCAUCUCACGGAACGGAUGCCCGUCUUUGUCCUGCUGAAGAAGCUCCGCCCCUCACGCUGGAUUGCUAUUCUAAUGUUUGGCUGGGGCGCAUGCUCCACUGGCCUGGCUGGGGCCCACAACUACGGGACAGUUACGGGCGUCCGCUUCCUCUUGGGCGUCUUCGAAGCCGGUCUGUUUCCCGGCCUGGUGUAUUAUCUCACGUUCUGGUACAAAACAGAUGAGAGAAGCAUACGCGUCGCUUUUAUUCUAGCCAGCGCCACUCUUGCUGGAGCCUUUGGUGGAGCUAUCGCCUACGGGGUAGGCCAUAUGAAUCAAGUCCAUGGAAUAUCUGCUUGGAGGUGGCUCUUUAUCAUCGAAGGGGCGCCCUCCUGCUUGUCCGCAUUCUUCGUUCUCUUCUUCCUGCCAGACUUUCCCGAAACCGUCAAUUGGCUCUCUGCCGAAGAGAGGGCGCUUGCACUACGUCGUCUCCACGUCGAGGGCAGCAAGGGUCUACACCAAUCAGACUGGUGGCACGAUACGAAGGCGACUCUGCUUGACUGGAGGCUCUGGGGCCACUAUGCUGUUUACUUCGGCAUCUCGACGCCAUUCUCCAGCUUAUCCCUGUUCACGCCCUCCAUCACGGCUGGUCUCGGCUACAGGGACCUCCAAGCCCAACUGAUGAGUGUUCCUCCUUAUGCUGUUGCGUACGUGGUCCAGAUAUUGGUGUCGUGGUCCGCCGAUCGCUUCAAUGCAAGAGGUCUCCAUUCGGCCCGGAUGCGUACUCUCAUCGCUACGGGUGUCUCAUAG